AUGGGGUCCAUGAUGGCGUUCGCUUUCUCAGAGAUCGGGCUGGACGUCUCCAUCUGGGACGUGAAAUACGACAACGUGCAGCAGCUGCUCGAAUCUGCCAAGAACACAAACUACAAGGGAAAGAUCGAGGGUUUUAAGGAUGUCUCAAAGUUCACGCAGAGCCUUGAGGGAAAGGCCGAGAGGAAGAUCUUUCUGUUUAGUAUCACACACGGCGAUCCUGCGGAUAGUGUGCUAGAUAUGAUAAAGAAGGACUUGAAAAAAGGGGAUAUUAUUCUUGAUGGCGGCAAUGAGAAUUAUCGGCGCACCGAGGCGAGACAGAAGAUAUGCGAGAAGAUCGGUGUCAGUUGGAUUGGACUCGGUGUGAGCGGUGGGUAUCAGUCUGCGCGUCGGGGACCGAGUCUGUCGCCUGGUGGUGAUAAGGAAGCAUUGGACCUUGUUAUGCCGCUACUAGAGCUGUAUGCCGGUAAGGAUGCGAAGAGUGGACAGCCCUGUGUAACGAGAAUUGGGCCGAAGGGGUCAGGACACUUUGUGAAGAUGGUGCAUAACGGCAUUGAGGGGGGGAUGUUGAGUACACUGGCCGAGGCGUGGUCCCUACUGCAUUACGGACGCGGAAUGGGGUAUGAGGAGAUUGCGGAUUUGUUUGAGAGCUGGAACAAAGAGGGGGUGUUGAGGAACAAUUACCUGCUUGAGAUUGGCGCUGAACUGCUCCGGGUGAAGAAGACGCCUCAGGGAGAUGGGAAUGGAGAGGGCGUUGGUGAUGGAGGCUUUGUUCUCGAUGACGUCCUGGACAAGGUCGUCCAGGAUGACGAUAACACCGAGGGAACACCGUACUGGUCUGUCAUGGAGUCUGCGAGCAGACAUAUCUCUGCACCGACGCUCGCAACCGCGCACUUCAUGCGCAUUGCCAGCGGGAACCGCAUCGAGCGCCUUGAGGUCGCCAAGCAGCUUCGUAUCCCAUCUCCCUCACCCAUUCGGGGGAUGAAAGAUAUCGAAGCCUUCAAAGAACACCUGCACUCCGCCGUCUAUUCCUCAUUCCUUGCCUCCUUUUGCCAAGGCCUCGAACUGAUCGCGCGUGCCUCCGAAGACGAAGGCUGGGACAUUGAUCUCGGAAAAUGCCUUCAGAUCUGGCGCUCAGGUUGCAUUAUCCGGUCUGAAGGGAUCGCCGAUAUUCUGCAGCCUGCCGUGUCUGGAAACAAGGGUAUCAAAAACAUGAAGUAUAUCGACACCGUCGCGCAGGAGCUGCACCGGACCUACCCCUCAUUGAAGGAGAUCGUGAUGGCGGCCACUGACUCAGACCACUAUAUCCCUGCUAUUUCGGCGACAUUGGAGUAUCUGAAGUAUGAAGGGGGAACAAACCUCCCGACGAAGUUUAUGGAGGCCCAGAUGGAUUUCUUCGGCGCGCAUGGCUAUAAUCUCCCUGGCGUACCGGGAGAGGACCCAGGACCUGUCAGUAAGGGGCCGCAUCACUAUGAAUGGAGGCCUGCGAAAUAGAUAGCGUUAGUCUACUAGUAUAGACAAAUUGGGUCUCUCUUCAUUCCCCGAUAA